ACCAUUUUCUCUCUCUUAGAAAACCUCUCUCUUAGAAAACCUCUCUCAUCAUCUUCCCCUCUAGAGAGAGAAACCAGCCCCCAGCAACCAUGAACAUUUUCUGACAACCCAAAAGAAAACAAAGCUUUAACUUUUUCUCUAUCCGAAGACCUAACAUAAUUUCCCCAAAUGUCUCAUAUAGUUUUACAAACUUCGUCUUUGCCCGCAGCCACCUCUCCUAAAACCUUAUCGUUAAAACCAAGCUUGCUCAUCCCUCGCCUCGGUCCCGCUCGGGCGGUUGUCCCUGGUAAGCGCCGGAGUAAUCUAAGAGUAAGGUGCUCAUCAUCAGCUCUGGUAGAUGGUGUGGAUUCCGUUGCCGCGCUGGAGCGUUGCUUUGCCGCGCCUUCGGCCCCCGUCGACACGGCUUCUCCGUCCGGUUCCGGUGAUUUGGGUCCGGUUAUGAAGGGACAGUACGGUGCACUUGGUGCUGUUACUUUGGAGAAGGGGAAACUCGAUUUAUCGCAGAAGCAAUCGAAGUCCAGCCCUGAGCUUGCAACUGGAGGUGGUGGUGGGGACAUUGGAAAGAAAAUCAAUCAUGGAGGUGGUGAUGGAGGUGAUGAUGAUGGUGAUGAUGAUGAUUACUUUGAUGAAUUUGACGAUGAUGAAGAGGGAGAUGAGGGGGGAUUAUUUAGAAGGCGGAAAUUUCUUGAAGAGCUUUUUGAUAGAAAAUUUGUAGAUGCUGUAUUGAAUGAGUGGCAAAAAACAAUGAUGGAUUUGCCUGCUGGCUUCAGACAAGCCUAUGAAAUGGGAUUGGUCAGCUCUGCUCAAAUGGUGAAGUUCCUUGCUAUAAAUGCCAGACCAACCACAACUAGAUUCAUUUCUCGUGCCCUUCCACAAGGCAUAUCUAGGGCAUUUAUUGGCAGGAUGCUUGCAGAUCCCGCCUUCUUGUAUAGGCUUCUUUUGGAGCAGGCUGCUACUGUUGGUUGCUCUAUUUGGUUGGAAUUGAGGAAUCGGAAGGAUAGGAUAAAACAGGAAUGGGAUCUGGCACUUAUUAAUGUGCUAACAGUAUCAGCAUGCAAUGCUGCUACUGUUUGGUUGCUUGCUCCUUGUCGUUCUUAUGGAAACACAUUUCGGUUUGAUUUGCAAAAUACAUUGCAGAAACUCCCGAACAAUGUAUUUGAAAUGAGUUAUCCCUUGAGAGAAUUUGAUUUGCAAAAAAGAAUCCAUUCCAUUUUCUACAAGACUGCAGAAUUGUGUCUAGUUGGAUUAGCUGCUGGGUCAGUUGAAGGUUCUUUGUCAAACUUUUUGGCCAGUAAAAAGAAGGAAAGGUCAUCUGUGACAAUCCCAUCUGUGAGAACCAAUGCUCUUAAUUAUGGCGCUUUCCUUGGACUCUAUGCAAACUUGAGAUAUCAACUAUUGUGUGGAUUUGAUAGAGCAAUGGUCAACCACUUUGAUGUUAUUGGAGUACCACUCGUCUUUAGCACAAUUUUGAGGAUUUUGAAUGUUCAGUUGGGAGAGAGAUCAAGACUGGCUUGGCUAGGAGUGGAGCCAGACCCACUGGUUCAGUCAGAUAACCUCUUGAAGGCCUACAGCAGGCCAUCAGAGGAUGUGGCUAGAUCAUCUUCCCAAUGGUUUAUAUCCAAGAAUGCGAUUGUGUCGGGGCUUGGUCUUCUUGGUAUCAAACAAGGGAGUCCUGAGUCUGUUGAUGGAGAAGCUCCAGCUCCCAAGGCACGAAGGAAGAGGAUUGUCCGGAAGAAGGUAACUGCAACCUCAGCAUAGUUUCUUCGUAAAUACGAUAACAUCCUGUCCAAUUUUGCUGCCCAAGAGAAAGCAAACAUCCUCAUCAGGCAUUGAAAGCAACAAGUGCUUAGAAAGUGGGGUAAUCUUCUCUUCGUCUUUUUUCUUCUUAUGAUUAAUUUUUUGAUUGACGGUGAUCACCGAUCUGUCACAGUCGGGGAUUACCAUGUAGCACCAUGUAGUAACUAUAGACAUGAAAGAUUGCUCCUGGGAGGAAUUAUGGAAUUCUCUUACUCAAUUAUGUUGUUGUUUGAUAGCAUUAUUA